GAGAAAGUUGAUUGGUUCAUUUAAAAAUAACAUAAGCGCAACCACUCCAUUUAAAUGUUUUAAAAGUCGUGUGUUCCUCCUGUUGAUCUGAAGUGUGGAAUAGGAGAAAGGCGGAUAAACUAUACGCUUGGUCCACUGUAUUUGUCGUUUUUUCAGGUAACAUUAAGAAAAGGAUCAUGGGAUCAAGUGAGAGUAAGAUGACUGCAUCUGCAGCCAUAAAACCAGAGCCAGCCUUCAAAAAGACUCACAUCAGUCACCUCAUCGAUCCUCGCUCCCCCUCAGCUGGCAUAGAACGAACACCUAUUCAGGUUGGGCAGCUUGUGUCCAAAACGUCUGCUGAGAUGAAAAGCGAGUGCCCUGUGGUGUUCAGUGAUCCACGUUCACCUACCAUUGGCAUUACCCGCACCCCUGUGAGAGAAGUCAUGAGAGCAACAGUCGGGUCCUUUGCUCGUCGCCUGGGUAUGAUUUUUCACAGUGAGGUUGAAGGGAAACUCCCCGAAGGCCAUCAGAAAGGCUUCCGUGGCGCAUCAAAGAAAGAGGAGGACUUUAUAAGUGAAGAGCUGGCAUCCACUGAGCCCCUCCUGGGCCCACAGCUGUCCAGCAACCUUAAUGAACAUGCUAACUUACUGGUGACACCUGUCCAGCCCCCUCUCCAGAGCGUAGAGAAAUUGAGUCCUUUUGUGCUUCCUGAAGAGCCUCAGGUGGAGGUGGAGAUAGAAACUGAAGCAGAUAUUAGCCUGGAGGAGGCUGAGGAAGCAAGAGAGUCUCCUGUUCACAAGAGACUGAGCAUGAGCCUGAUAACCUGCCACGAGGGCGCUCCCUCCCCCCGAGCCUUUGCAGAGGUCCAUCGUGAAAAUAUUUCAUCCCCAGAACCUGGGGCAGAAGUGGAGCCACUCGGGGAUGGUGUGGAUCACGCUUACGCCCUUCCUUCUGCUACCAUUGAAGCAGACUCUCCUGUUGAACCUGCCCCCUCCAACACCCUUCCUUCUGCUACCAUUGAAGCAGACUCUCCUGUUGAACCUGCCCCCUCCAACACUGAUGCUGAUGAUUCCAUUGCACAGCCAGAGAAGGAAGAAACUAAAGAGCUCGGUAAAGAAGCUAAUUUGCUUCCAUCCGGUCCACCAUGCGUUCGUGGUCCUGAGCAGCCACAGGCCUGCACCGGCAUCCGCUGCCCCACCUUUGACUCAAAGAGCCCCAGCCAGACUGUUUUCAAACCGCAGUGGCUGGGAAAUGGCUUUCGUCCAUCUGGGCUCAGAGCGAGAGGAGUGCAGGGGCUCGGUGGAAAAGGAGGCUCCUCUCCUCUCGCCAUCCGUGUGGCCGUUAAGAACGUAGCCAACGAAAACAAAGGACAGUCUGGAAAACUGAAGCAGAAAGGAACUGAAGGCCGCUCCCCGCUGCAGAUCCUCAAGAAGACCAACUCACCCAGAGACCAGCACGCUCAGAUGAAGCUGAAGACGUCCACUCCCGACAAGCAGAGGGCUGGACAGAUGGACCGCCGAGUGCUGGCUGUGUGUCUGGAUAAGGAGAACCGAUGAGGCACUGCACGCACUGUUUUUAAAAGUGUGUUUUUAUGUGUGUAGCUUCCACAAACUGUUUGUUGUCCUGUAUAUAUUUAACUGCUUGUUGUUGUGUAAAUAAACUUUGCAAACCUACUAGAGCUUAAAA